GGCGAGGGCUGGCCCUUUAAGGCGCCCGCCUCGGUCGUCGUGAGAGAUGCGUCGGCUCCCAUCCCCCGGAGGAGGGGGAGGAGGGGGGUCCAGGGGAGAAGGAGGAGAAGAAAUAGACAGCUGUCUCUUUAAAAUGUCAUUUCCUUCUAUUGUAUUGGAGUCGUGAUCAGGAAAGAGGAUGUGAAAGCAGAGCGGCUGGGAGGGAAGGAGGGAGGGAGAAAGAGACAGAGAGACAGAGAAGGAGAGAGAAAGAAGAGCUUCAGAAGUAGGACCAGCAAUAAGAAGAAGAUAAUAAGAAGAAGACUAAGGAGGAGCUGCUGUCGGUGUCGGAGGAGGAGCAGCAGGAGCAGCGGAUGCUGAGCGCUGCCUAAAGCGAGAGAGAAGGAUUCAUCCCGGGAUCGAAGCGCGGCAGAGAUGGGAGGCUGAGAAGGAUCUCUCCCCCAAAGGCCAUCGCAUCUCCCGACACUCCAGGCUCCUUUGGUCUGUCUGUGCUCCUCUUCCUCCCUUUCCAGAAGGGAGCCCCGUGGAUGUGGUCGCGGGUGGGGUGAGCCCGAGCGAGACCUGCCAAUGUCCUCGGCCAUCGAAAGGAAAAGCCUCGAGCCCUCCGAGGAACCGGUGGACGAGGUGCUCCAAAUUCCCCCUUCCCUCUUAACAUGUGGAGGUUGCCAACAGAACAUUGGGGACCGUUACUUCCUCAAAGCCAUUGAUCAGUACUGGCACGAAGACUGUCUCAGCUGUGAUUUGUGUGGAUGCAGGCUUGGAGAAGUGGGAAGGCGACUGUAUUAUAAACUGGGCAGAAAGCUCUGUCGAAGAGACUAUCUCAGGCUUUUUGGCCAAGAUGGCUUGUGUGCCUCCUGUGACAAACGCAUCCGGGCUUAUGAGAUGACCAUGAGAGUGAAAGACAAAGUCUACCAUCUGGAAUGCUUCAAGUGUGCUGCCUGCCAAAAACACUUUUGUGUUGGUGACAGAUACCUUCUCAUCAACUCAGACAUAGUGUGUGAGCAGGACAUCUAUGAGUGGACUAAGAUCAAUGGGAUGGUAUAGCCGACCAGUGCCUCAUAAGCUCAAUAAUCCAUUUCAUGGGGAACACAAAUAUCUAGGUGUGGUGGUAAGAGCACCAAUCACAACAUCUACAUGCUUUGUGCUGGGGAAAGGGAAAAUACAACAGAAAACACAUACACUGUAUUGUGUACAGAUGACACCUGGGGUUUGAAACAUUAGCAAAUAGGUAGAGUUUUGUUACAAACAAGCUCUGAUAAUAAACUGACAUUCUUGGAGAUGAUUAUGAAAACUGGGGAAUCUACAAAUGAAGACAAUGGAUUUCCUUGACUAUACAGUAGUAAUGUGUAAAAAUAUUAUGACUUUGACACAUGCAGACUAGGUUGUGAAACUGAAUUUUUAAAUGUCCUUUCUAUUUACUCUAUAUAGACCAUAAUCCCAACAUUAAUUCAAAAUGAGAUGGUGUCAGAAAGAUGUAGAGAGAAGGGGGUUGGAACUCCAAUUCUUUAAAUUCUAGAUAUGGAAGGAGAGGUACCUUACCCCAGCAUGGAAAUAAUUCCUGUCCCCAUCCCACAUAUGGAAUUAAAAAUAUAACCUCUGGCUGCAGCAUUGCACAAAUAUACAACCAGUUAUAUACAUUUAAGGGUUUGGCAGACUUAAUGGCAUGUGACUGGGCAAGAGGACUGAAACCUUAAAUUCUAAGCAAUGAUUCAAGCAAACUAAGAUGCACACAGCUAUGUUCAGCUGUCAUUCCUUGAAAAUGAGAAAUUCUACCACUCAUUUGUAUACAAAUGAAGAGUUGCUCAGCUAUUUUAUUAACAUAGGAAACACAAAUAAUUGUGUGUAGUAAGAUCCUGCAGAUUUAAUAAAAAAGUAACUCAUCUCA